UGUUUGACUUGGUAACGUCUAUGCAGAUCUGCCUCUGGUCCCCUAGCUUGAGCUCCAUAGGCAAGGUCAUAGGAGGGGGUGACCUGGGCUCUUCACGGAGCAAAGGCGGCUCUGCGUGGCAGAUCUGGGUGUGACAGGCAGGGGAGGGGAUGCUCAAGCCCCCCACCCAAGGGAAGGGACCCAGCUCUAGCUCCAGCCCCUGGAAGCAGCAGCUCCUUGCCCCCAGACUUUCAGGGAGGAUCUGCCACUGGAAUGGUUAACCCAGCAGCCAAUCACAGAGCCGUGCAGGAAAUACCUGGGAGAGGUCCUGGAGUUAGGGCCACGCAAGUCGAGCCCAGCCCCAGUCUGGCCUCAGGACGCCCCAGCAAGUCCACAGCCAGCCCCGACGCCAGCGGUCUCCACACAGCACCAUAAGCAAGGAGCACUUUGGGAGCCUGAGGCAUGGGGUUCCCAGCCCGGCUCACACUGGGGCUCCUGUUGGCCAUGCUGGUGGUCACAGCAGCAGUGGUCCAGCCCAAUCGCCUGCUAAGCCUGCUCAUCUCGGGUCAGGGUGCUCUGGAUCGGCAGGCACUGGACCGCCUGUUAAAUACGCUGGCGGACCGUGUGCACUGCACCAACGGGCCGUGUGAAAAGUGCUUGACUGUGGAGGAUGUCUUGGCCCUAGGCAGACCCGACAAGCCAGGGCUUGCCCCAGAACCAGUCCUGGAGUCCAGAUACAUUAGCCACCUUAGUACUGCCGCGGCCCUCUACCUCAGCAACCCAGAGGAAACAUGUGAGGACAUCCAAAAUGGCCUUUUGGCCUCCCGUGUGGACAACUACCUGACCCUACUGGAGAGUCCAGAGGCCAUGACCUUGGGUCUGAGCCAGCUACUGCAGAAGAUUGAGGCCCAUGAUGCCAACCAAACCACCGGGGAGGAGACUUGUGUAGAUGUUCCCCAACUGCUGGAGGAGGCUGAGGAAGCAGGAGCUUCCAGAAGCCCCGGCCUGGUCCUGACUGCCUUGCUGGACCAUGUCAUUAAUGGGUCCUGCUUCCAAGGCCUGCCUAGCCCUCAGUACUUUGUGGACUUUGUGUUCCGGCAACGCGGUAGCGAGGCUCCCAAUAUCACGCUGGCUGAACUGGAGGUUUUGAUGCAUCAACUUGGGGUGGGUAGAGAAGAGGAUCACAGUGACCACGAUGACCACGAUCAUCUGCCCAGGGAAGCGAAUCACCAAGACUCCGAGCACCACACUACCCACAACAGUAGCUCCAGUGUCUGGGACACGGUGUGCCUGAGUGCCAAAGAUGUGAUGGCUGUGUAUGGACUGUCUGAACAGGCUGGGGUGAGCCCUGAGGCCUGGGCCCAGCUGAGCCCUGCCUUAGUCCAGCAGCAGCUAAGUGGAGCCUGCAGCCUCCACCCCACUGCCCAUGUUCAGGACCAGCUCAGCCAAGCCGAGAGGUAUCUGUAUGGCUCCCUGGCUACACUGAUCAUCUGCCUCUGCGCUGUGUUCGGCCUUCUGCUGCUGACUUGUACCAGAUGCAGCACAGUCACCCACUACGUCAUGCAGACCUUCCUAAGCUUGGCCGUGGGGGCACUCACAGGCGAUGCCCUUCUGCACCUGACACCCAAGGUGCUGGGACUGCACACACACGGUGAGGAAGGCCAUUCCCACGAGGAAGUGGGCACUGGUGCACAGUCUACCUGGCGCCUGCUGGCUGCACUUGGAGGCCUCUACAUCUUCUUCCUGUUUGAGAGUUUCUUCAACCUCUUAUUGCCCAGGGACCAGGAUCCUGAGAAGGAUGGGCCUGUCAGCCACGGGGGACACAGCCAUGGAGUGUCGAUGCAGCUGACACCCAGCAAUCUCCGGCAGUCCAAACAGCCCCACGACAGCUCCCGCUCAGAUUUGGUGACAGAGGAGAGCCCAGAACUAUUGUUCCCAGAGUCCCAGCGACUGAAAACAGAACUGAGGCUGCUGCCCUAUCUGAUCACCCUGGGCGAUGCGGUGCACAACUUCGCUGACGGGCUCGCUGUGGGCGCAGCCUUCGCAUCCUCUUGGAAGACUGGGCUGGCCACCUCUUUGGCAGUGUUCUGCCAUGAGCUGCCCCACGAACUGGGGGACUUCGCUGCCUUGCUGCAUGCUGGGCUGACUGUGAAGCAUGCGCUUCUGCUGAACCUGGCCUCAGCGCUCACAGCAUUCAUUGGCCUCUAUGUGGCUCUCGCAGUCGGAGUAGGGGAGGAGGGCGAAGCUUGGAUUCUGGCGGUAGCCACCGGCCUCUUCCUUUAUGUGGCGCUUUGUGACAUGCUCCCAGCCAUGAUGAAUGUGCGGGACCAGCGGCCCUGGCUUCUCUUCCUGCUGCACAAUGUGGGUCUGCUGGGCGGCUGGGCCGUCCUGCUGCUGCUGUCGUUGUACGAAGACAACAUCACCUUCUGAUGGCUCUACCCCUUCCCAGUCCUCGUCCCUGUCUAGAUUGCUUCACCUUCUUGAGACUUUAACUUUGGGAUCCACUGGGUAGCCAGAGGGUCCAGCUCUCACUUCCCUGCUCUGACUUCAAUAAAGACCUCUUGUCCAUUAGAA